AUGUCAAAUGUUCCAAGUGUAAGAUCGUCAACUCCUACUAGCGAAGUAAAGCAUUCUUCGAAUUUUACUGAUACACGGCUAAACGAUUUACUACCCGCAUUCCACCUUGAAAGUCUUAAAAACACUGUACCAAACAGUAUAUCUACUACUGCCUCAAUGAUAUUCUCUCCUUUGACCCCUCGAGUAGUAAAAGGAGAUGCUGUGACAAUACUCACUGAAUUCGCCCCCCAAAUGAUGGAACGACGCGUGCAGAAGUAUAUCAAUCCAAAUGUUCGCCAGGCAGAAAAUUCGAAUUCGAAUCAAAUUUCUUUGCCCGCAGAUGAAUGUUCAACACGCUCAACUACUCCAGUUCCCGAGGAACUUUUGGAAGCUACGGACAUACCAGAAUCUAAGGCACCCUUAUCCUUGAUUCAAGGUUAUAAAGCAACUUUUUCGGAGGCUGAUACAAUAAAUAGCAAAAAAAAAGGAAAGCAGCAUAAACGAAAGGUUAAAGGCCUCUUACCAGGUACUGAUGGGAUAUUCGAUGCUGCCGACAUUAAAAGAAUUGAAAAAGAAAUCGUCGAAUUGACCGCAAAAAAACUUAGUCUUGAGUCUAAUCUUACAAAUUUUUGCAUCCGAAAAGUUGAAUUGAAUGACCAAUUGGAAGAUUUAAACGAAAAAAUCGCCAAUUUUGGAUUAGAAGAUAAUAAUAAUGGACACAAUACGCGUAGUAAGAAAGGUCAGUAUAUUCGUAUAAUUUGUCCUUUUCAAAAGCUAAAGUUUACAAUUAAAAUUGGAUUUCAUAAAUCAGGAAAAACAAAUUUAAAACAGCAGCAGCAACCAGGAACCUGUAUAAAG